CAUGUGUCCAGGGAAUUGUAUUUUGUUCAGAUCUACAGAACAGCUUUUGGCCAAGACUUUGAACGUGUGGAAUCAUGGAGAGUGUGAGGGAAGCUUACCUAAUAUCGUCCAACCUGACGGAUCAGCUCCUCCUCAACCUGAUGGGCGUGGUCAUCUGUCUGUACUCACUACAGAUCGAGCUGAGGAAGGAGAGGAAUCCCGAGUACCGCGCCUACUGCGACAUCAACGAGCGCAUGAGCUGCUCCAAAGUACUCACGUCCAAAUACAGUCAAGGAUUUGGCGUGGUGCAUUUACUCCUGGGCAAAAACCACAUGUUGAAUGCCCGGAACUGCAACGUGGGGCUUGUGGUGUAUGUGCUCAAUAUCAUGCUGUGUAUCAUGGGCCCGGGCCCACUGACCAGCAGACUGCUGUACUACGGAGCCUUGAUCAUGGUGCUUGGCUGUGUCUACCUCGCCUGCGUCCUCUUCUUCAUCCUCCACGACGUCUGUCUCGUCUGCAUCACCACCUACGUCAUCAACGGUUGUCUCCUCUAUCUAGCUCACAGCACGUACAGCAAGCUGUACCAGUGAUGAGGAAGGAAUCACUCCCUCCCAACACUGCAACAAUAAAUGUCAGGAGCGGAUGGUCAGAAAAUUGAUCAAAAAGAAAU